UAUCCCUCUCUUCUUCUUCUUCUUCUUCUCCGCCAUCGCCAUGGCUGCAGUCGUCGGCAACAUAGCUUUGCUGCUCGAUGUGAGCUCGCCCAGGGCCGUAACUGCCGACCGGAAGUCCCGUCCCCUUCCGAUCGACGUCGUUUUAAACCUGCACAAGAAGGAGCCACACCUCCCUCAGCACUAUGCUUCCCUCGCGUCGAAGGGCCUGGAGUCCGACGGUGAGAACAGGAGCAACCGGUUCGUGGCACGCGGGAAAGCGAAUUCGAAGGUGAACGGAGGAGUCGACUUCGACAGCGACGAGGAGGGGGGCGGCAACGGCAAUGGAUUUGACGAGGAGGACGAGGGGUUCGACUGGGAGAAGGAGAUGAGGAGGAGAGUGAAGGAGAUCGAGGAGAUGAAGGAGCUCGAGAGGAAGGCCGAGGAGUUGCAGAGCCGAGCGGAGGACGGCGAGGGUGAGGGCGAAGGUAGGGAGGAGACCGAGGAGGAGAAGAGGAUGAGAGUCAGGAAAGAACUCGAAAAGGUGGCUCAAGAGCAGGCGGAGCAGAGAGCGACGGCGGAGCUGAUGUUCGAGUUAGGCCAGAAAGCUUAUGGCAGGGGAAUGUACGGACGGGCGAUCGAGUUCCUUGAAGGAGCCCUCACGAUCAUUCCGAGGCCUACUCUUUUCGGUGGUGAGAUACAAAUAUGGCUUGCUAUGGCGUACGAGGCGAAUAACCGCCACGCCGAUUGCAUAGAUCUUUACCAACAGCUUGAGAAGAAGCAUCCCAGUGUUAGUAUCCGACGUCAGGCUGCAGAGCUUCGAUAUAUAUUGCAAGCACCGAAGUUGAAGAUAUCAGAGGAAGAGAUGGUUUCGAUACCAUUGAUCGGAUCCAGCUAUGACAGUUACGCAGGAACUUGGAGUGACAAAUACAAGGACAAGGGCCAGAACCAGAGCUACGCGACAACAAACCAGCUCCCUUCAUCUCGAGACUUUCUCGGAGAUUUUCUGGUGUGGCGACCUCCUGUUGGGCUCGGCAAGAAUCGAGCCUUCUGGGUGGGUUUGACAUUGUGGCUAGGCUUGGUCGGGGCUGCCCUCCUCCUCCAGAGAUGAAGUCGGUGCCGUUUGUUCAUACAAGCUGCUGUAAGGUAUAUGGUACAACCCAUGCUUUGAUUCCAAGAUGCCAUUAUAUAUAUUCUAUUUAUUCAAUUAUUUGGACUUGUAGAAGUGGUGCCCUUGUAAUAUAUUCUCCAUUUGCUGUACAAUGAAGUAUGUGAAUGUAAUGUUGUUCAUAUUGACUUGGGUUUGCGAUCCAA